UAAACUGAUGAGGACCUCAACACCACCAGUACCACAUCGUCUCUCCCUCACACACCAUACCAUGGCUCUCAAGUUGUUCGUGUUCGCCGUCUGCAUGGCAGUAGCCCAGGCUGUCUAUGCCCCAGCCGCCGUCUCCUACUCUGCCCCCGCCAUCCGCGCCAAGCCUUACGCUCCCGCCUACGCCCCUGCCUACACCCCCAGAGUAUACGCUCCAGCCCCCAUCUACCACGCACCCCUACCAGUUGUCAAAUACGCCCCAGCGCCAGUAUACCACGCCGCCCCUGCUUACCACGCAGCCCCAGAGCCUUACGACCCCCACCCACAGUACAACUUCGAGUACGCCGUCCACGACGCUCACACCGGUGACGUCAAGAGCCAGCACGAGAGUCGCGACGGAGACGUCGUCCACGGAUCCUACAGCCUGGUCGAGCCUGACGGUUCCAAGAGGAUAGUAGACUACACCGCUGACCCCCACAACGGAUUUAACGCCGUCGUCCACAAGGAGGCUGGAGCUCACCCCGCCCCCGUGGUCAAGUACUCCCCCGCCGUCCCCGCCUAUCCUUACCAUGGAUAAACCGACCCCACCUCACCUUGUACAUACUGAGAGCCAUGUAAAUAAAUUUGUUUUAUAGAUUUAA